UUUAUUUAUUUCGAGAGAGAAGGGGAGAGAGAGAAUUCCAAGCAGGCUCCAUGCUGUCAGUGCAGAACCCAGCUUAGGCCUUGGACCCAUCCACAAACCGGGAGAACGUGAAGUGUGCUGAAGUCGAACACUUAACCAACUGAGCCACCCAGAUUUCUGAUGAUUAGACCUGUCCACAAGAAGUGAGCUGGCAAGACUGGUUUUCUGUGGUGAAACUGAGAAGCUGAUUGGCGCCAUGAAGGUCUUCUGCGGGCGGGCCAAUCCAACCACUGGCUCUGUGGAGUGGCUGGAAGAGGAUGAGCACUAUGAUUACCACCAGGAGAUUGCAAGAUCCUCCUAUGCUGAUAUGUUACAUGACAAAGACAGAAAUAUAAAAUAUUAUCAGGGUAUCCGGGCUGCUGUGAGCAGGGUGAAGGACAGAGGACAGAAGGCUUUGGUUCUUGACAUUGGCACUGGCACGGGACUCUUGUCAAUGAUGGCGGUCACAGCAGGGGCUGACUUCUGCUAUGCCAUUGAGGUUUUCAAGCCUAUGGCUGAUGCUGCUGUAAAGAUUGUGGAGAAAAAUGGCUUCAGUGAUAAGAUUAAGAUUAUUAACAAGCAUUCCACUGAGGUGACGAUGGGGCCAGAUGGUGACAUGCCAUGCCGUGCCAAUAUCCUGAUAACGGAGUUGUUUGAUACGGAACUGAUUGGAGAGGGAGCGCUGCCUUCCUAUGAACAUGCACACAGGCAUCUCGUGCAGGAAAACUGUGAGGCAGUGCCUCACAGAGCAACUGUCUAUGCUCAGCUGGUGGAGUCCAGGAGGAUGUGGUCGUGGAAUAAGCUCUUUCCUAUCCCCGUGCAUACCAGCUGUGGAGAGCAGGUCAUCGUCCCCCCCUUGGAACUGGAGAGGUGCCCUGGUGCACCCUCUGUCUAUGACAUUCAGCUGAACCAGGUGUCGUCCUCUGACUUCACUGUCCUCAGUGAUGUGCUGCCUAUGUUCAGUGUGGACUUCAGCAAGCAAGUCAGUAGCUCAGCAGCCUGCCACAGCCGGCAGUUUGAACCUCUGGCAUCUGGUCGAGCUCAGGUGGUUCUCUCUUGGUGGGACAUUGAAAUGGACCCUGAGGGGAAGAUUAAAUGCAGCAUGGCCCCCUUCUGGGCACACUCAGACCCAGAGGAGCUACAGUGGCGGGACCACUGGAUGCAGUGUGUGUACUUCCUGCCACAAGAAGAGCCUGUUGUCCAAGGCUCAAGCAUCUACCUGGUAGCGCACCAUGAUGACUAUUGUGUAUGGUACAGCCUCCAGAGGACCAGCCCUGAAAAGGACAGGAGAGUCUAUCCACCACGCCCCGUGUGUGACUGCCAAGCUCACCUGCUCUGGAACCGGCCUCGGUUUGGAGAGAUCAACGAUCAGGACAGAACUGAUCAGUACAUCCAGGCUCUGCGGACAGUGCUGAAGCCAGACAGUGUCUGCCUGUGUGUCAGUGACGGCAGUCUGCUCUCCUUGUUGGCCCAUCACCUUGGGGCAGAGCAGGUAUUUACAGUAGAGAGCUCAGCAGCUUCUCAUAGACUGAUGAAAAAAUGCCCAGGGAGUCAACACUCACAAGCUGACCUGACUGAUUGGUUCCAUGAUGGUAUUUCUUCCCAUGGCCAUCGAUUGGUUUUGAUUUCCUUUCUGAAGGAAACUACCAGAACUACAAGCCUAUUGCUAAGUCCUGCUGAUAUGUCUAUUUUCAAGGCUAAUCACUUGGAAGAUAAAAUUAAUAUAAUAGAGAAACGGCCUGAAUUGUUAACAUCUGCAGACUUGGAGGGUAAAAAGAUCUCUCUCCUCCUGGGUGAACCAUUCUUCACUACCAGCCUGCUGCCCUGGCACAACCUGUACUUCUGGUAUGUGCGGACUGCCAUGGACCAGCAUCUGGGGCCUGGUGCUGUGGUGAUGCCCCAGACUGCCUCGCUGCACACUGUGGUCGUGGAGUUCAGGGACCUAUGGCGGAUCCGGAGUCCCUGUGGUGACUGCGAAGGUUUUGACGUACACAUCAUGGAUGACAUGAUUAAGGCCAGUGGCUCUGGUUCUGUCUCUGCCCACUGCCACCUCCCCUUCCCUUCUCAGCGUGCCCUGGACUUCAGGGAGAGCAAGGAGGCCGAACCCCACCCGCUGUGGGAGUACCCAUGCCGCUGUCUGUCUGAGCCCCAGCAGAUCCUGACCUUUGAUUUUCGGCAGCCAGUACCCCCACACCUGAUCCAUGCUGAGGGCUCCAUUGAGCUGAGGAGGCCUGGGAGGAGCCAUGGGGCCGUCCUGUGGAUGGAAUACCACCUCACGCCGGACAGCACUGUCAGCACUGGCCUCCUGAAGUCUGCAGAGGACAAGGUAGUGCUGUGCACGGGGACUGUUGCUGGAACCCCCACUGCAAGCAGGCAGUGUACUUCUUCACCACGGCGGACCCCAGAGCGCCGCUGGGCAGCCCUCAGACUGUCAGUUACACCGUGGAUUUCCACCCCCACACUGGAGACAUCACCAUGGAUUUCUCACUCUCAGACACCCUGGACGAUGGGCAGUGACCCUCACCUGUUAAGAAAUAAAGUGGCCUGAGGGCUCUGGGCUCUGA